GUACAGCAAGCGGCAGUUGCGGGGACCGUAGCUUCCUUCAGUCGCAGCUCAGAGGCGGAGCCCGCUACCUUUUCGGUGGAGCGUCUGGACACGGGAUGGAGUGAAGCCGCGAGUGCCUCUCCUAGGGGGGGUGGGAGGGGUUCAGGCGGUGCCGAAGAGAAGGAGAGAGAGAGAGGGAGAGAGAGAGCGAACAGAAGAAGAAGCCGCGGCUGGCGCCUGCGAAUUUGGGAUUCGAUUGGGAGGGACCACUUACUCGGGGGAAAUGGAUUCUGUACCAAGGCUGACCAGCGUUUUCACUUUGCUGUUCUCCGUCUUGUGGCAUUUAGGAUUAACAGCGACAAAUUACAACUGUGAUGACCCAUUAGCAUCCCUGCUCUCUCCAAUGGCUUUUUCCAGUUCCUCAGACCUCACGGGUACCCACAGCCCAGCUCAACUCAACCGAAGAGUUGGAACUGGCGGUUGGUCCCCAGCAGAUUCCAAUGCUCAACAGUGGCUCCAGAUGGACCUGGGAAACAGAGUGGAGAUUACAGCAGUGGCCACGCAGGGAAGAUACGGAAGCUCUGACUGGGUGACAAGUUACAGCCUGAUGUUCAGUGACACAGGACGCAACUGGAAACAGUACAAGCAAGAGGACAGCAUCUGGACCUUUGCAGGAAACAUGAAUGCUGACAGCGUGAUGCACCACAAGUUACUGCACUCAGUGAGAGCCCGCUUCGUUCGCUUUGUGCCCCUAGAAUGGAAUCCAAGUGGAAAGAUUGGCAUGAGGGUGGAGGUCUACGGAUGCUCCUAUAAAUCAGAUGUUGCUGACUUUGAUGGCCGAAGCUCCCUUCUAUAUAGGUUCAAUCAGAAGCUGAUGAGCACUCUCAAAGAUGUGAUCUCUCUGAAGUUCAAGAGCAUGCAAGGAGAUGGGGUUCUUUUCCAUGGAGAAGGUCAACGUGGAGACCAUAUCACCCUGGAGCUCCAGAAGGGAAGGCUAGCCCUGCAUCUCAACUUGGAUGACAGCAAACCUCGGCUCAGCAGCAGCCCACCUUCAGCCACCCUGGGAAGUCUGCUGGAUGAUCAGCACUGGCACUCGGUUCUCAUUGAGCGGGUUGGCAAACAGGUGAACUUCUCUGUGGACAAACACACACAGCACUUCCGCACCAAGGGCGAGGCAGAUGCCUUAGACAUCGACUAUGAGCUUAGUUUUGGAGGAAUUCCAGUACCAGGCAAACCUGGGACCUUUUUAAAGAAAAACUUCCAUGGAUGUAUUGAAAACCUUUACUACAAUGGAAUAAAUAUAAUUGACCUGGCUAAAAGACGAAAGCAUCAGAUCUACACUGUGGGCAAUGUCACUUUUUCCUGCUCCGAACCACAAAUUGUUCCCAUCACAUUUGUCAACUCCAGAAGCAGUUAUUUGCUACUGCCCGGCACCCCUCAAAUUGAUGGGCUCUCAGUGAGUUUCCAGUUUCGAACAUGGAACAAGGAUGGUCUGCUUCUGUCCACAGAGCUGUCUGAGGGCUCGGGGACCCUGCUGCUGAGCCUGGAGGGUGGAAGCGUGAGACUCGUGAUUCAGAAGAUGACCGAACGCACAGCUGAAAUCCUCACAGGAAGCAGCUUGAACGAUGGCUUGUGGCAUUCCGUUAGCAUCAACGCCAGAAGGGACCGCAUCACUCUCUCUCUGGAUAAUGAUGCAGCAUCCCCAGCCCAGGACACCACCCGUGUGCAGAUUUAUUCUGGAAAUAGCUACUACUUUGGAGGGUGCCCCGACAAUCUCACCGAUUCCCAAUGUUUAAAUCCCAUUAAGGCUUUCCAAGGCUGCAUGAGGCUCAUCUUUAUUGAUAACCAGCCCAAGGACCUCAUUUCAGUUCAGCAAGGUUCCCUGGGGAAUUUUAGUGAUUUACACAUUGAUCUGUGUAGCAUCAAAGACAGGUGUUUGCCAAACUACUGUGAACAUGGGGGAAGCUGCUCCCAAUCCUGGACUACCUUCUACUGUAACUGCAGUAACACGGGCUACACGGGCGCCACCUGCCAUAACUCCCUCUACGAGCAAUCCUGUGAGGUGUACAGGCACCAAGGGAACACAGCUGGUUUCUUCUACAUCGACUCUGAUGGUAGCGGGCCACUGGGACCCCUCCAAGUGUAUUGCAACAUCACAGAGGACAAGAUUUGGACAUCAGUGCAGCACAAUAACACAGAGCUGACCCAUGUGCGGGGUGCAGACCCUGAGAAGCCCUACACCAUGGCCUUGGAUUAUGGUGGCAGCAUGGAGCAGCUGGAAGCCAUGAUUGACAGCUCAGAGCACUGUGAGCAGGAGGUGGCCUACCAUUGCAGAAGGUCCCGCCUGCUCAACACGCCAGAUGGAACACCAUUUACCUGGUGGAUUGGGCGGUCCAAUGAAAGGCACCCUUACUGGGGAGGUGCCCCGCCUGGGGUUCAACAGUGUGAAUGUGGCCUGGAUGAGAGUUGCCUGGACAUUCAACACUUCUGCAACUGUGAUGCUGACAAGGAUGAAUGGACAAAUGAUACUGGGUUUCUUUCCUUCAAAGACCACUUGCCUGUCACUCAGAUAGUUAUCACUGAUACCAACAGAUCAAACUCAGAAGCUGCUUGGAGAAUUGGUCCCUUGCGUUGCUAUGGAGACCGGCUCUUCUGGAAUGCGGUAUCGUUUUAUACAGAAGCAUCUUACCUCCACUUUCCUACCUUCCACGCGGAGUUCAGUGCUGAUAUUUCCUUCUUUUUUAAAACCACGGCUUUAUCGGGAGUUUUCCUAGAAAACCUUGGCAUUAAAGACUUCAUCCGACUUGAAAUAAGCUCUCCAUCUGAGAUCACUUUUGCCAUCGAUGUUGGGAAUGGCCCCGUAGAGCUCAUAGUUCACUCUCCUUCUCUUCUGAAUGACAACCAAUGGCAUUACGUCCAAGCUGAGAGAAACCUCAAGGAGACUUCACUUCAGGUGGACAACCUCCCAAGGAUGACCAGGGAGACUUCAGAGGAAGGCCAUUUCCGAUUGCAGCUGAACAGCCAGCUGUUUAUAGGGGGAACAUCAUCCAGACAGAAAGGCUUUCUAGGAUGCAUACGCUCCUUACACUUGAAUGGGCAGAAACUGGACCUGGAGGAGAGGGCAAAGGUCACAUCUGGAGUCCGGCCUGGAUGCCCCGGUCAUUGCAGCACUUAUGGUAGCAUCUGCCACAAUGGGGGCAAGUGUGUGGAGAAGUACAGUGGGUACUUCUGCGAUUGCACCAGUUCACCAUAUGAAGGGCCCUUCUGCAAAAAAGAGGUUUCUGCUGUUUUUGAGGCUGGCACUUCUGUUAUGUAUAUGUUUCAAGAACCCUACCCAGUGACCAAAAAUAUAAGCCUCUCAUCCUCAGCAAUUUACGCAGAUGCGGCUCCAUCCAAGGAAAAUAUUGCAUUUAGCUUUGUGACAGCCCAAGCGCCCAGCCUCUUGCUCUACAUCAAUUCUUCUUCUCAGGAUUACCUGGCUGUCCUGCUCUGCAAGAAUGGAAGCUUACAGGUUCGCUAUCAGCUAAGCAAGGAAGAAAUCCACAUUUUCAAUAUUGAUGCAGAGAACUUUGCCAACAGAAGGAUGCACCACCUGAACAUUAACCGGGAGGGAAGAGAGCUUACAAUUCAGGUGGAUCGACAACUGCGACUAAGUUACAACUUCUCCCCAGAAGUCGAAUUCAGGGCCAUAGGGUCACUCAUCUUGGGCAAAGUCAGAGAGCAUGUUGGACUGGAUUCUGUAGUUGCCAAAGCCAACACCCUGGGUUUUGUUGGAUGCCUGUCUUCAGUCCAGUAUAACCAGGUAGCACCCCUGAAGGCAGCCCUGCGUCACACCACCAUUGCACCUGUGACUGUCCAUGGGACCCUGACGGAAUCUAGCUGUGGCUCCAUGAUGGAUGCGGAUGUGAAUGCAGUGACCACAGUUCACUCUUCAUCAGAUCCCUUUGGGAAGACAGAUGAACGAGAACCACUCACUAAUGCUGUUCGAAGUGACUCGGCCGUCAUUGGAGGAGUAAUAGCUGUGGUGAUAUUCAUCAUCUUCUCUAUCAUCGGCAUCAUGACCCGGUUCCUUUACCAGCAUAAGCAGUCACACCGUACUAACCAGAUGAAGGAGAAGGAAUACCCAGAAAAUUUGGACAGUUCCUUUAGAAAUGACAUUGACUUGCAAAACACAGUGAGCGAGUGUAAGCGGGAAUAUUUCAUCUGAAAACCUGCAGGGUCACCUAAUAUUCUCUUUUGGGUUGUUGUUAAAUUUUUCUCCUUUCUCCUAUAUUUUAAUUUUGGUCAUUCUCCUUUUCCUGUCUGCCAAUUAUUUUUGGCACAUACCGGUAUCAACCACAGCAUCGAUCCCCUUGAUCCAGCCCAGAAGAUCAGGCAGCUAUGGCCACUGCCUUCCUUUCUGACAAACUUAUUGUGGUGAUAAUGAUCACUUAAGAGACUGACUUUACUCCUCUAGACAAAGAAGAGACACAUGUGUGCACAUGUGCAUAUUUAGUUAUGUAUUUCCAGUUUCUAAGUAAGAUGCACUCUUUAGUUCCAUAGCCAUUCUGUCUCUCAUUAAACCUCAGGCUUACUCUGAACCUGAGCUCUGUGACUUACGCGUAUGACACUCAUCCUUGACAUCCUCCCCCACCUCAAGUUCAUUCCUACCAGGGAACUCAGGGUAAAGAAAAAAGAUGCUAAAGGCCUGGUUCACUUCAGUGACACUUUUAAAGGAAUAAGAGAGGUUUGUUUUGUGUUGACUUUCCUUACCAUAAGGACGCCCAUAGCCCUAACUCAUCACCUUUUUUCACUUUGACUCUUAUCCCCUGAGUAUUUCAAAUAUAGGAUUCCUGAUAGUAGUGAGCUAUUCCUUUGCUCCUUUCUUACCACUCUCUCCUGGGGCUGACACUUUAGAACAGCACACAAUAGCAUAAACCUGGGGGAAGCAUGGGAAAUAGUAGCUUGAAACUAGAAGGUAAAAAAGAAAGCUGCUAGGAAGUAGAUGUUCUAUAACUUCAAAAACACCUCUUCCAAUUUUGUAAGAAAUGCUAUAUA